UCUUUGUUUCCUUGCGCGACUUCCGGGUAAACCAAAACAAGAGCUGUGCGGAUUUCUGGGGCGUUGGUGUCAUUUUUAGCAUCACUUGUCCGCUUCUGACGUGACCCAGUGCCGCCUCGUCAUGAUUAAAUCAUGUUUUAUUUAUGCGUGCGGGUUGUUUUCGUUUUUAAUUCUCAUUGGGGGCAUCGCGCUGUCCUUGUCUAACGUGUUUUCAAAACUGGUGGAGUCGGCGGUGGAAAAGGAAAUCGUGUUGAAGAAUGGCACCGAUGCGUUCGAUGCUUGGGAGGAUCCACCGGCGCCGAUCUACAUGCAAUUUUAUUUCUUCAACCUGACCAAUCCACUCGAGGUGCUGGAUGGUGACAGGCCUGCUGUGCUGGAGAUUGGACCGUACACUUACAGAGAGUACCGGCCUAUGGAAAAAAUCAUCUUCCAUGAUAACGGGACCAAAGUAACCGCGGUCAACACAAAAACAUACAUAUUCCAACCCGACAUGUCACGUGGUCCGGAGAGUGAACUGAUCAGGACUGUUAACGUCCCUGCGGUGACAUUGAUGGAGCGGUUCAAGGAUCAUCCGAUUAUUGCCAACCUGAUCUCGUCGUUUAUGAAGGACAAAGACGAGGGCCUCUUCACCACACGUACCGUGGGAGAGCUUCUGUGGGGCUACGAAGAUGCUCUCCUGAAAGCCGUCCACGCUUUGAAACCUGACGUGGAUCCGGUUUUCGGGCUCUUCUACAAAAGCAACGCGAGCAAUGAUGGAGAAUACGUCUUCCUCACAGGCCAGGAGGACUACAAGGACUUUGCUCGAGUGGAUACGUGGAACAAUCAAAGGUCGUUGAAUUGGUGGACGUCUGAUGAGUGCAACAUGAUCAACGGAACCAACGGCGCCUUCUUCCACUCUGUCCUCACAAAGAAUGAAAUGCUCUACAUGUUCUCCUCGGACCUGUGCAGGUCUAUAUACGCUGUGUUUGAGAAGGAUGUGGCGGUGAAAGGCAUCCCCGGGUAUCGCUUCGCUCCCCCCAGCCAGGUGUUCGCUAACUCAUCGGUGAACCCGUCCAACGCGGGUUUCUGCGUCCCCGCCGACAACUGUCUGGGCUCGGGCGUCCUGAACGUCAAGCCCUGCAAACAAGGUGCGCCCAUCAUAAUGUCCUCGCCGCACUUCUACCAGGGAGAUGAGAAAUUUGUGCGGGCGGUAUUCGGCAUGAGGCCCCGAAAGGAGUACCACCAGACCUUCAUUGAUCUCAAUCCGCUCACCGGAGUCGUCCUUCAAGCUGCCAAACGUCUCCAGGUCAACGUCUACGUUGAGAAAAUGGACACGUUCAGCCAAACAGGAAACGUGACCACUGUGAUUUUUCCCGUACUCUACCUGAAUGAGAGCGUCGUCAUUGAUGACUCAUCGGUGGCCAAGCUGAACGCUGUGCUGACGGAGCAGAACGUGCUGGUAAACGUUCCUUUCAUACUGAUGGGGAUCGGCAUCAUCCUGGGCGGCAUCUUCAUGUUGCUGGCGUGUCGACACAAGAUGCCAGAGAGUACCGCUGCGGAACGGCAGCCACUGCUUGAGUCGUAGACCCCCCCCCCCCCCCCCCCCCCAGACAGGAAGUGACGGCCAGCGCGGCAACGGCAGUGUUUUUCACCAUACCUAACCCAAGAACCUGCACCGUUUGAGGUCUAAGUACAAGUUUGCUUUUGUGUUCUCCAUUGGCUCAACUUGGUCGUGCAAAAAAAAAAUUUUUUUUGUUUUUUUUUUAACUUGACCCCACUCCCUCCUGACAAAUUUCGUAACUGCUGUGCUGCAAAUCGAGUUCAAGCCACCAAGCUGCAAUACUUGUAAAUAAUUUUUAAUUUCCAUUUUAUCUGAGAAAAUGUCCAGUAAACUGCAGUUCCGUGGGCUCUGAAUAACGCAAUAUCGCUACACUAACAGUAUAAAGGGAAGUUUUUGUGUGCUUGCGGUUGUUUUCCACCAAUUCCAUUACCCCACUACCCACAUCAUGCUGACAAAAAGCUCAAAACCACCUCGGUUGAUGCUAGCCGGUUGCUAGAAAUGCCGCCUCCUUUUUUUGUGUGACUGUUUUUACCGGCGACAUUUUUCCUGGGUAGUAAGUACAUAAGUGAGUAUCUUUUCAAAUGGGCUGCAUGAAUUAAGUUACUGCCUGACACAAGUGAUCACAAUAACCAUUCACCGCUGUCACAACUGUAAUCAAUUUUAAUCAUCUUGUGAGCUUUGUGCAGUCUCAGAUGGAAAAGAGAAAUGUGUUUACAUGUGGAUCACUUUGCCGCAUAAAUUAGUAAUAGGUCACCUACCAAACCAUUUGUCAUUUGCCGUCAACCGGAUUGCAACAAUAAAGUCGUUGUGCUUCACAUGA